GGGCAUCGCCGGGUUCCGCCUUUGAGACGACCGAGAUUUCCGUCGAGACGGGGAAUCUUUGGACACUUUCGCUGCGGUCUUCGUCGCUUUCCCGACUCACCGCUCGAUUGUCGGCGUACAGUACCCGUCUCAUGCCACAGCCCCUACUACGGUAAAGUCACUCGGACCUCUCAAUCACCUCUGCGCAUCAUUAUCAUCCCAAAUGAUCGCGUUCGACCAUCCGCUUCUUCAUCUCUCCCUUAAAAUUGCUGUUGGAGUAGCUUGCACUGUGGCAACAGGUGUAGCAGUCACCUACGUCACCAGAUACCUGAUCAGAGAUCACAAUUCAACAGCAUCUAGGAGAGAGCUGAGAGCACGGAAACGGAGGGUGUUGGAUGUUUUGAGGGGUAUUGAAGCAGAAUGCGUAGAUAUCAUAGAACCCCAGAUUCAGACAGUUUGUGAAGCAUUGGACGGUGUGGCUCCCGCGGCAGAGGCUGCGUUAGCCACAGGUGCAUUCCAAGUUACAGAAUCUAGACAAACCAAAAAGCGGGGACAAAAAACCAGCGUAGAAAAGAAGUUGCGAGUCGCCACUCGGACGCCAAAAUCAAGCGCUCCAGACAGCCCCUUGUCUGCUACUACCAGUUUGACAUCUCUCCCAUCUCCAACUUCCUCCACAACCUCCAUCUCAAUGUCCCCGCUAAUACCUCUUAUGAAUACAUCCACCGUCGACCGCCGCCUCCACGAAAUAGACGACCAGCUUGUACGUCUCCUUGAAAAGCUCGACGCCGUCAGUCCACAGGAUAUUAUCCUACCAUCCUACAUUUCAUCAGAUGUGUCUUUGGACGAAACAGUAGAAAUAGAUCCCGAUGUUAUAAAGGUCAUGGACCAGGCUGUUGAAAUCAUCCGAACACGCAAAAAGGUGUUGGUGAAAAGGGUCCAAAGUCUAGUUGAGGAGGUUGAUAGGUUAUGUGAGGUGGCUGGUAUCCCGUCCGUUGGUGCGCAGCAUGCUCGAUGCAUGUGACCGCAUGACUUUUCUGGGUCGAUCGGUAGCGGAUUUUAAAUCUGCACUGGCACCCACUUUAUGUAUAGCUCUCUUUUUCAGUUCUUUCUACGUACAUUAAAAGAUAAAGGUUUUUGGUAUAAUUCAAGCAGUUCAUUUUUCCAAGUAUUAUCCAAUCACUCUGAAGCAACUGUGGACAGA